AUACUUUAAUUCACUUCUGCAGGCGACCCACACUGUGCAUUUACAGUGCAGUCAGUGGCAGCAUUAUGCAAUGACCGUCCUUGUGUGCCCUUCAUUAACUUUAUGCCACUUGUGGAAGUGCUGCUAGGCCGACUCCACGUGGUACCGUAAUCACAUAGCAAGCACAGAGGAACACAGCCCGGGGGAAGCAGCCGCCUGAUCACCACAAUGCUGCAGCUGCACUCUCUGCUCCCCCGUCUCCUGUCACCCUACUGCAGUGUGUCCCACCGGUACAGCCGCCCCAUGUCUGCCGUCUCCCUGCAGCUCUCCCCGGACCGCUGCCUCUUCGAUGCCCCCCUGAGGCUCCGGGCGUCCGGUCUGAGCCCCGGGCAGGACGUCACCCUCCAGACCGCUCUGACCGAUGAAGGAGGGGAGAUCUUCUCUUCCCUCGCCCGCUACAGAGCUGGGAGCAGCGGGGAGCUGGACCUUACCCGCAGCCCGGCACUGGAGGGCGGGAGCUUCACCGGCAAAGAGCCCGAAGGGCCCCUGUGGGCCAUGGAACCCAGGAAACCCCUUAGGAGGUUGAUCAAGAAAAACGUGCAGACGCCGUUCCAGCUGCGCUUCUCCCUGCACCAGGCCCACGGGGAGCCCGGGACUCUCCUAGCGUCAGCCGCCCAGGAGAGGAGCUUCAUGGGGGAAGGGGUUACCCGGGUCCCGGUGCGUGAGGGGAGAGUGCGGGGCAGCCUGUUCCUCCCACCCGGGACUGGACCAUUUCCUGGAGUUAUUGAAAUCCAAGGGACCGGCGGGGGCCUCAUCGAAUACAAGUCUAGCUUGCUGGCUAGUAAAGGAUUUGCCACCCUGGCAUUGGCUUACUAUAACUAUGAAGACCUCCCAAAAGAAAUGAAAGAUCUUCGUUUGGAGUACUUUGAAGAAGCGGUGACCUAUAUGCUGCAGCAUCCCCAGGUGAAGGGUCCAGGAAUUGGUCUUCUUGGACAUUCUAAAGGUGGAGACUUGGUGCUUUCUAUGUCCUCUUUCCUUAAAGGCAUAACUGCCUCAGCAGUCGUAAAUGGCUCUGUUGCCAAUGUAGCUACAGCCCUUCACUAUAAGGACAUUACACUUCACCCUAUUGCCAUAGAUAUAAAAAAACUGAAACACCCAAAGCCAGGAGUGGCAGAUAUCAGAGAAGUAUUACACAAUCCAUUGGAGGAAGCUCACCAGAAAAGCCUCAUUCCCAUUGGGAAAGCAGAUUGUAAGUUCCUAUUUGUUGUGGGAGAAGAUGACCGGAACUGGAAGAGCGACUUCCAUGCUGAAACUGCUUGCAAGCUUUUAGAGGAACAGGGGAAAGAAAAGCCAGAGCUUGUGUAUUACGCCAAGGCUGGUCAUUACAUAGAGCCACCGUAUUUCCCAUUGUGUCCAGCCUCCAUGCACAGGCUUGUCGGUAUGCCAGUGGUGUGGGGAGGAGAACCAAAUUUCCAUGCUAGGGCACAAGCGGAUUCCUGGCAGAAGAUACAGGAUUUCUUUCACAAGCACUUAAACCAUCAACGUAUCCUGGUUAACAAACUGUGAGCAGUACUGCCGUAUGCAAUAUCUAUCUAUCCUCUGUGUUAUGCGGAGGGAAAGCCUUAGAACUUCUCACCUUCAUUUAUAAAUUACUAUCAUAAGAUGUUUCUGUUCUAUGAUCCAUUUUCUGAUUUUUAGCUCUUUUCAGCACUUACAGCAGAUGUACAAUUUCCGAUUAUGUGUAUGUAUAUAUAUAUGUGUGUGUGUGUGUGUGUGUGUGUGUGUGUGUAUAUAUAUAUAUAAAAAAUAAAUAUGUGCAUUUGUCAUUA